AUAUGUCGAAAAAGAAAAAAAACAAAAGUGUGUGAUUUAAUAAUCUAAAAAUAUUAAGACAACAAAUAAGUUAUUCUAAUGCAACUAUGGAUAUUACCGAUCAAGAAAAGGCAGGCUUUUCUGAUUUAUUUAUAACUGAAGAGAAAAAUCAAAGUAUUUUGUGGCAGCUAGCGAAAAGUUUUAGUAAAAACGAAUGUAACGCAACGAAACCUGAAGAUACUCUAAAUUUUAUUUUUACAACAGUGAACGACUCAAUAACCAUACUAAAUAAACGAUAUGUGACAAAAGAAGUGUUAUUCAAAUAUUUACACAAAAGAAAUGUACAAGUAUCACUUGAUUUCACAAAAUUGGCAUUAAUUCAAAGUACAUUAGCUUAUUGGAAAAGCAAUAAUUUAACUGAUGUUAAGGAAACGAUUAUUGAGAAAGAUGUCAAUAGUGUGUUGGCACACACUUUUAGUAAAUGGUUUUUCCAACGUUAUAAUGAUGAAACAUUAAAUGCAAAUGACUUCUAUGCUGAUGCGCAGCUGACAUUGCAGUUAGUGGAUGGGGAUCGCAUUAAUGAAAAGCAAAUUACUGGUGCUUCUAAUGUUUUGCAUAGUUUACUGGAUACAAAACACACAUUUCAAAUAUAUUUCCAUCCAAACUUUGACAACGAUGGUUGUCAAGGUUGCGUUGAUAUGCACGGUUUAGUGAUUGUACUUAUAUGUGGAACGCUUCAUAAACAAGAAAUCUGUAUUGGCGUGUUUGAGUGCACAUUUGGGUUGUUGCGUGAUCCUUUUGCUGAAAACAAUUACAAAAUAAAAACAAUAAAAUCUUGCUUCCGUAGUCAAGCAAUAUCACCAAAUCUAAGUCUGAAGGAAUUGGAAUAAAUUCUAAAGUUUAUGUAUUUAUAAGUUCGGAUCUAAUAUUGUUAAGUUAAUAAACUAUAACUAACGUUUGUAUAUAUGAAAA